GCUCUCCCCAUCAUCCCCUUCCCGCCUCCGCCCUCCUCCAGAACCUCAGCAAGAAACCAACCCGUCUUCCCCUCUCUGCUGCCCACCCACCCAUCGUCGAGAGAUGAACGACGUGCAGCGGACGGAGGCCCUGCUCCUGGCGGCGCGCUUCCUGACGGGAGGCGCCGCCAACUUCGCCGUCGCCCUGCCCAAGACUGCUCUGCCCGCCGCAGCCGCGCAGCUGGCCCGGCGUGCUCGCGAGAUUGCGGAUUCCGCGAACGAGUCUGAGUUCGACAGCUCCGGCCUGCGCGCCGCCGCCGACACGCUGUCACAGGCAGACGCGGGCAGCAGGCCCCGGGCCAUCACGGACCUGCUGCGGGAGUGCUUCCUGUUGGAGGGGCUCGCGGCCGGGAGAGACGCGGCUGCCUCGGAGGGCCUCAGGCGAGGCAUCCUGGACUUGGCGAUGGCCGGGGGGACCCUCCUCCGCGUCCUCCCGACCCGCCGUUGGGAUUUCUUGCUCUCGGCGGAGAUGGCGCAGGAUCGUGAGGAGGCCCGCGAGAGGGACGGGGCCCGUGAGGACGAGGCCGCGCCCGCGACGGCCAAGGUGGUUGCUGACGCCGCGACGCCGAAGGGGGCUACUGAGGCCACGACGACGGCGGGAUGGUGGUCGCGGCUCGCGAGCCGGUUCUCCAAGAAGAAGAGGCUGAGCGGCGGCGAGGAGACGGACCCCGAAGCUCCGCUGAUAGCACGCAGCCAGCCUGACCCCAGCCCCAGCCGCUCCCCCUCGGACUCGUCGCCGCCAUGGGGCAACUGGCUCAUUGUCCAGAUGUUUGCGCUCUCUGGGUCGAUGUGCCUACUUCCGUACAUGGGUCCUGCCGCGCUGCUCGGUAAAGACUAUUCAGAUAACUACAGGUGGUGGGUUCACCUUGCAUUUCAGAUAGUGUGGUGCUUGGUGGUCGUGGGAGUACCCUGCGCCUUGUCCGGACGGUCAUGGAUCGAGGAGCAGUAUGCCCGUUUCGCCGCUCACCUCGGGAUGUUGGGUAUGUGCGUUUUCUUCUUCUUGUCUCACGGCCACCAAUACAGUUUCUUUGAUUCAGAAUUUUUGGAAUGAACUAAUGGUUAUGUGAUAAUAGGUAUCACCAUGAACAUCAUUAUGUUCUCUCACUGGAUGCUGGCCCCCAAUGCCCUGUACACCAUGUGGGCUUUCCUAGCGCUGGCCCGCCUAUGCUUCCUCGGGUAUUGGAUACGGUGUUGUAUGGUGGGUGAGAUAUAAGCAGCUAGGAGAAAAAGCAGCAAGCAGGCACUGGAAGCUGCUUUCAUGCAAGAAGAUAUGCGCCGGCAAUCAGACGACAAACGUGUGCUCUUCUCAAUUUUGAAUGUGGCCGCAAUGGUUGAAGCUUCGGGCUUCUUUGAAAUGAAUUUGUGAUACUGAUGCAUGUAGUUGGAUCCAUGGAAACUUGUCUUUUGCUUUUUCUCUCUUGAAGGCAAGCUAUAAACUGCUUAUGUAAAUUCUUUCCGUUUUCUAGAUAAUUGAAGUACAUUCGGACCUCCGAUUUCUGUCAAACUCGGCUUGAACUGCCUUUACCAAAAGCCCGAG